GCAGUGUACAUGCGUGUACGUGCUUUUGUGUGCACUGAAAUAAUUGAAGUGUUUGUGCGAAGCCAAGCUUGAGGAAAACAGAGCAACGUGAGAGAGAAACUGGUGGAAUAUUUGCGGCAGUUGGGAGUGUUGUUACCGAGGUGAAAAAAGGAGAAAGGGCCCCGGAGCACAGCCAUUGCGGGACGAAGACAGGCAGGUAAACACACCUGCAGCCAACUUGGAGGAAGGACGAGUUUGGAGCGUAGAGCGACCGAGAUGCCUAGUGCCGAGGAACCGACGUACCUGAUCGAGGUGAUACCCGACACGACGCAGGACUUCCUGUCCCGAGAUGUCGAUCUCCUCGUAUCACAAAUCAAGGAGAACCUGAGGCUCUCGAAUCUCAAGGCCAAGUCCAGCAUUAGCCACAAGAAUCGACCCUCGCCUUACCGGAUACCCUCGCGUUCCUGGGCAGAUCCUGCGAGUAAUUGCGAGAUCUGUGGGAUGAGGAACUCGAGUCAGCACGAACACCAUCGGCAUCAGCAUCACCGGAAGAGGCCGACGACCAGGGAUCAGGAGGACGAUCCCUACGAGCUGCUGCAGGAACUUCUCCGAGAGGGUGGACUGAUUAAAGAGGCUGUCAAGAGACUCCAGGAGAACUUUGAAAAUUUCGAUAAUACUGUUGAGGGUUCUGCCGGAUCCGAUGAAGAGGACAAUGAUGAAGACAGUGUUAGACAACAAAGGCCGGCGGCCUAUCGGAGAAAACCUUAUUUCUACGACUCCGAGGACGAGCCUCUACCACCAGCUUAUCAGCCCCUGGAGAUGUGAGAAGUUGAUAAAAAGUGAGACUUUAAUUCUGAACCUGGAUUUGUUAAGGGUCUGGGAUACGUGGUGGGAGGGUAUGACGAAAUCUUGCUUUCGGCUUUCGCCUAUUCUGUCUAUGCAAAUACAGUCACGCAAAUGGACUUGUGUUCGUGAUGGUUAUGUGCGAAAAUGGCAUGAACGUAAUUAGGCAGGAACUCGCCUUACAUGGCGGUGUUUGUAAAUACGGACUAGUGUUGUUAUUUGAGGCGAACCUUGCUUCGUGGAACUUCGGCCAAGAUCGGCAGCAUAUUGACGAUCGUCGGGCUUACGUGGAAGACUCAUGGAGGCGCGACCAACCCGAGUACCCGGGACAACAUGCUUCUUGGUUUCCUCAUGACGAAUCGGUUGUUAAACGAUUUUUCUAUGACCUCACCGAUCACGAGGCAUUCCUCCUGCUGAAUUCUAUUUUUCCAUAUCCUGGAAAAUGAAGAUUCAUCGGGCCGACUCUGAAGAUGUGGAAUUUAAUGUGAUUAGUGAUCUUGGUUUGUUUCCUAAUAGAGUAGUAUUUUUUUUAUCUGGAUUCACAGUAUGACUGUUAAACAAGGUAUACAUAGAGUCUUAUUUUUCAUAACUUUUAUGAAAUAAAAAGAGUAUUUUCCGAUUUUUAAUUGAAUGAUCUCGCGUGAAGAAAAUUACCAUUUUUUUUGUGGGCUCACCACUUUCACUCCCGACAUGCGAAACUGUUUUCAGAAUCGAUUAGGCUUUGUUUGGUAAUAUUAUAUUCUCGAAAGGUCACAGCAAAUGUUCAAUAGUAACUGCAGAGGAGAAACGAUUUCAAUUUGUUUUUUUUUUAAAUUUUGUAGACCGAAAGCAAAUAUUUAAAAGUGUAUUUCAAGAAUGACUAGUCCAUAUUUUGCAACCUUGUUUCCUAAUUCCGAUUGAGUUUAGUUUGAGGUUUAUUGUUGCUCGGUAGUUAAAUCGUAAUGGCAGAAAUAUCCACAGUGCCGUUGAGUAAUAAAACACAGCUUUUACUAUCAUUUUCGAUAGUUUGAACUUGUUCUCUAUAAUUUCAGGAACAUACGAGUACAUUUGUGUUGAUUUAUUUUGCUGUAAAAAUGCAAUAAAGUAAUAGCAGUUACAUUGUAGAACUGAAUUUGCAAGAAAUAAAAUUCAAUUGUUUCCUCUGCAUUUUAUUUUUCUGGUUGGAAAAUGAACUCAUUUUAGAUAAUGCCGACAAGACUAUUUGAGUUCUUCUAAUUUACAGCUGUAUUAAAUAUAAAACUGUGACUUAUUUUCGAUUUGUAAACAAACUAUAACACGGGCCGAUACAAUUUGUGCUCAAAGACCGAUUCUUUUUAUGUCGAGAUAUGGCACAUGGAAUUGUGGCCGUGCGGUCUAAGAGAUCGCACCAUGUUUCUGAAACUUGGUCCCUCCCCGCUCUGGUGUAAAAUUUGAUAAAUUUUUUUUUUCUACAUAUUCCAAUUUUUCUUCAUAUAUUGCGAAUUUCGCAAACUCGAAACCCUUCGACCAUUAAAUUGUCAAUAGAAUAACAAAUGUUUAUUCGCUUUCUUCAUUUUCUUUGCUAUUUUUCAAAUAUGAAACUGAAAUAGCUAAUCUGAAGUAUAGUCAUUUAAACAAAUACGGUGCGGUCUCUGCGACCGCACGACACACUUAAAAUGUACCAUAUCUCGUAGAAGAAUCAUCGGUUCAGGAUGAUCCAAAACGGAAAUAAAAGUUCAAAAGGAGUACUUUCUGUUAUAUUGUUUUACGGCUCGAAAAUAUCGUUUUUCACUUUCUAAGUCUAUUCUUUGGAUACAAAAAAUAGCUGUGAACAAACUAUAACACGGAACGAUACAAUUUUUACCUAAAGGUCGAUUCUUUUUAUUUCGAGAUAUGGCACAUGGAAGUGUGGCCAUGCGGUCUGAGAGACCGCACCACGUUUCUGAAAUUUGGUCCCUCCUCACUCAGGUGUAAAAUUUUAUUAAAAUUGUAAGUUGUUCAUUUUUUUUACAUCUUCCAAUUUUUCUUCUUAUAUUGCAAAUUUAGCAAACUCGAAAACCAUCAAACACUAAAUUGCCAAUAGAAUAACAGAUGUUUAUUCGAUUUCUUCAUUUUCUGUACUAGUUUUUUAACGUAAAGCUGAAAUUGCUAACUUGAAGUUUAGUAAUUUCAAAAAUACGUUGCAGCCUCUGUGACCGCACGGCCACACUUAAAAUGUACCAUAUCUCGUAGAAGAAACAUCAAUUCAGGAUGAUCCAAAAUGGAAAUAAAACUCAAAAAGGAGUACUUCCUGUUGUAUUGUUUUAUGACUGAAAAAUACCAUUUUUCAUUUUUGACGUCCAGGCUUUGGAUACAACAAACAGUUUAUUUUUGUCGGCCUGUGUAAUUUUCUUGUGCCGAAGCAUCGAUUAAAUAUCAACGACGUGUUUAUCAUUGCCUAUACUACGUGUUCUCGUGCGGAAAAAUCGCAUCGUAAAUGGCGCUGAUCUCAUUUUUACAUUUUUUUUUCAAUCAAACGAAAACUGUGUCCAAUUUGCGUGCAUGCCGCUUUAAUUUUAAGUUAGUUGUCCGUUUAGUUUCUUUUUUUGUCGGUAAAUCGUGUUUCCAGAAACUUAAGUAUUAAAGGAAAGAUUACCUGAAAAAAAUGACGAAAUUAAUAGGAAAAGUUCGUUAAAUGGAUGAGAAACAAAUUGAAAAACUGAAAAAUCUAGAUAGUUUAGCUUAUUUUGUUAGAAAGCACGGUAAUGACAAUUUUUUAUUAGUUGUAACACCCUUAUAAAAUAACAAUGGUUGAGACAACUGAUAAAAUUACUAGUUUACCUGAUUUUACUAACAAAGUAGUUGGCCCAACCGACUAUUUUUUCAGUGUGAGAGGGAGAAGAUUAGGAAGUAAUUAAUAUUGCACGGGAAAAAGAUGUGAUCUUAGCUAUUUAUGUUUUAAUCAAUCGCGAGUGUUUGUGCGGUGUUCACUCAGGCGUGACAAAACAGAGAGAGAAUUUACGUCCAGAAGAUUUGACUCGUAUUAUCAUUGUGUGGAGUUAACAUUGAAAAUGCUGGAACGUGUGGAAGCAUAAAUAGUCGAGAAUUUCUUUUUACCGUGCUAUUACUAAAAAUAAAAUAGCUUUACACUCUGCUGUGCAUGUUUUAGUGCAUAGUUAUAUUUAUCAAUAUAUUAUACUUAUCACUGAUCGCUAAAGUACGUUGAUGUAACAACGUUGUGAUUCACUUUUAAGUAUAAAAUCGUGAUUGUGCGCGUGCGCGCACAAUUAUCAGCGGAGUGAGUAAAACACGAUUUCUAGGUUCGUCAGCCGAAUGAUUCAUUUUCGAUAGAGCAACUCGGCAAAUGUCAGUUGACAUUUAUAGCAAGAGAAUUUUUGCAAUUUGACGCACAGAUGUUCGAGAUUUUCUGUCUCAAGUGUGUGACGCUCAUUAAUGUUGCUUCUAUGUGAAAAUUUCAUCCUCUCCGAGUGCAGAUUGUGCUUGGUAAAUUGUAGCGUUGAAAAUAGUGUGGUUAACGAGCUAUAAAAUGUGGAUUAUUUCCAUCAAUCUUUCUUCAUAUAAAUCCAAUGUUCUUUGCUCGCGAGCCAAAUUAUUUUGAACGCACAUCAAUAAUCGUGAGAAUAUCAUCCAUCCGAAAUAAGUUGUAAAAUAAUAAGCUUUGACAAAAACUCUAGUUAUUUUUAAUAUCAGUACUUUGUUGAUAAAAGUUGGUGGUACAAUGAUUGUAUCUGAGUUGUAAGUGGAGGAUAAAAUUUCGUUGUAUAUUUUCACAUUUGUACGUCUAAGAAGUUCAAAAUCUAUUUAACGAUCGUGUGAAUAAUAAAUUGUUAACUCGUAUUUCGAAUCUAGUUUUUGAUUAGUGUGAUCGGUAUUGACACAGGCCUAGAUUUCAUAGAAAAUUGCGUACCUAUGGAAUGUCCAGUUUAUCGCAAAACACCGAGAAAAAGGGGACAUGUUUCAGUGCUUUUUAACUGUGUCCGGAAGGCAUUGGUUCUGUAAAAAAUAAAAAAAGAGGAAAAAAAAAUCAAAUGUAUUUGUAUUCGAUCAAAUUGAGUUUUCGCGGUG